UCCGUGCCUCCACCGGCGGCGACAUUCAGAGAGGAGAUGGCGGCCAGAGGGGGGUUUCAGUCAGCACCGACUGCUGGUGGUGGUGGAGCAAUGGGACCCGGACCGCCAGUACCGGGUGCAGGACCAGGCAUGGGACCCGGGACUCCUUCCGGAAGGAUGGUACCGUCGUCGGCCGCACAGAACCAUAUGUACCGCUCCCCGAUGCCAGGGCCCGGCUACCCGAGACCAGGCAUGCCUCCAUCCAACCGCAUGACCCCACAGGGACCAGCAAUGGGCCCCCCAGGAUAUGGCAACAGCCCAGUGUCUCGUCCUGUGAUGCCCGGUGUGAUGGACCCGUCUCGUAAGAGGCCCGCCCCCCAACAGAUCCAGCAGGUUCAGCAGCAGAACCGCAACCAGCACACAAAGAAGAAGAAGAUGGCUGAUAAAAUUCUACCUCAGAGGAUCCGGGAACUGGUCCCAGAGUCUCAGGCUUACAUGGAUCUCCUGGCUUUUGAGAGGAAGCUGGAUCAGACCAUCAUGCGCAAGAGGCUGGACAUUCAGGAGGCCCUCAAGAGGCCCAUUAAGCAAAAGAGAAAGCUCCGGAUCUUCAUAUCAAACACCUUUAACCCCGCAAAGCCAGAUGCUGAGGAUGGAGAGGGCACAGUGGCAUCAUGGGAGCUACGUGUUGAGGGGCGUCUGCUGGAAGAUACUGCGGUGUCCAAGUAUGAAGCCACCAAACAGAAGCGAAAGUUCUCCUCUUUCUUCAAGUCUCUGGUGAUCGAGUUGGACAAAGACUUGUAUGGUCCAGAUAAUCACCUGGUGGAAUGGCACAGGACCGGCACCACCCAGGAGACUGAUGGUUUCCAGGUGAAGAGGCCUGGUGAUGUGGGUGUUCGCUGCACGGUCCUGCUCAUGCUCGACUACCAGCCCCCUCAGUUCAAGCUGGACCCCCGGCUGGCUCGUAUGCUGGGUAUCCACACUCAGACCAGACCUGUCAUCAUUCAGGCUCUGUGGCAGUACGUCAAGACCCACAAACUUCAAGACCCUCAUGAGCGCGAGUUCAUCAACUGUGACAAAUACCUGCAGCAGAUCUUUGAGACUCAGCGGAUGAAGUUCUCUGAGAUCCCGCAGCGCUUGCAUGCACUCCUGAUGCCCCCAGAGCCAAUCAUCAUCAACCAUGUGAUCAGUGUUGACCCGAAUGACCAAAAGAAGACUGCUUGCUAUGACAUUGACGUGGAGGUGGACGACACGCUGAAGACCCAGAUGAACUCCUUCCUCCUCUCCACAGCCAGUCAGCAGGAAAUAGCAGGACUGGACAACAAGAUCCAUGAAACCAUUGAGACCAUUAACCAGCUGAAGACCCAGAGAGAGUUCAUGUUGAAUUUUGCCAGAGAUCCUCAGGGCUUUAUCAACGACUGGUUGCAGUCACAGUGCAGAGACCUCAAGACCAUGACAGAUGUGGUCGCAAACCCAGAAGAAGAGCGAAGAGCAGAGUUUUACUACCAGCCGUGGGCUCAGGAGGCGGUCUGUCGCUACUUCUACUCCAAGGUCCAGCAGAGGCGACAGGAGCUGGAGACGGCGCUCGGCAUCAGGAACACCUAAUGAUAUCGUAUCCACGGAGACGUGCCGUGUGGUCCCAGACGACCAAUGUGUGAGCGCGUGUGGGAUGUUCAAAAUGAAUUCCUCCGAGAGUUUUCUAAUAAACUUAGAGAGACAUAGAUACUA